UCCCGGUAUUGGAUGCCCUCCAGGAAACACAAUGCAAGCAAUACAUGGCGUGCGAUGCCAACGACAGGACGGCCACUUCGACCCUGACAGAGACGCCACGUGAAUAUCCGACGGCCACCGUUACCGCAACCUGUGGUGAGAUGGGCCGCCAGCCCGACAGCGUCAUCAGCUCAAUAGCCUCGCAGUUCCUUCUUGACGAGGCUAGCUGGGACCUGGGGCGCUUCAUGCCCACUACGUCCACCGCCACCCCGUCUCCCACCCCGCCUCCCAAUCCGUCUCCGACUCCCACCCCCAUCACGCCGCUAACGCGAGGUCCCAUCAAAUGCUUCAACGAGGCCGACUUCCCGGGCCACGCCGACAUCCAGCCCGACGACCAGGACGCAUUCUCGAGGGACUUCAGCGCCCUCAACAUCGACACCAUCGGGCCGGAUGACGGGUCAUUCCCGUACCGCGUUAAAGACAGCCACGGCGUCUUUUACGACUAUCGCGUCGAGUGGGUUGCCGGGUGUGUCACGACGGUCGAGAGACAGGACUUCCGUUUCCCGUUGGGCAUGUCGCAGAGCCUGAUCACGGCGUACUUGCUUGUACGAGAGGAUUAUACCAAGUGCAAUAACGGCGGUGUCGGUGGCUCGUGCCAGGUUGGCUGUUUGUUGUAUACCUUCGAGGGGGGACGAGGAGGACAAGUGGCCGAUUCGAUCGAUCAGGGCUUCGGCCAACUGGCAGUCGCACAGUCACAGUCUGCCCCUAGCAAUCAUAGUCACUAUGUAGCAGGAGAGGAUGGCGGGAUUGUUAUUGAUGAUCUCAAGUAAGGUAGUAUUGAUCGGGGUUUAGAGAGGUCACAGAAAAGAAAACACGGUUUUGGGCUUAUUUUACAAUAAUUAUCUUCCCACUUCAAUUGAUCUAUCAAAUCAAUCGCUGGGGUUGAGUCCAAUCGCCCAUUUGGGACCCACUGCACUGGUGCCUAAACUUGUUGAAAACCAG